AGAGGAAGAGCAGGGAAAAAGAGUUACCACUUAUUGCUUCUCAAUUUCUGCUUUGCUCUGCUCAACUUUGUGCUCAUCAAAGCGAGCGGGAGCGGAAGGAGAUGGACUUCUCUCAGGCCGUCCUCGAUCCGUCCGCCAAUGGAGCGGCGCCGAAUCCCAGGAAGAGAGGUAGGGAGAUCGGAGUCCCGGUGGCGAUGGCAUUACCGCAGCAGAACCGAUCUAUCGACCUCUUAUCGUUGCAACCACAGCCUCCGCUUCCGCCCCCGGCGUUGGUCCGCUUCGCCCAGCUUCAAAGCCAUCCUCCUGCCGUCGUCUCCACGGGCCUUCGCCUCUCCCCCGAGGAAGGACUCCUUUCCACUUUUUCUACCUCUUUUCUCUCUUCCAUUGUCUCUGAGGAGCUCGCCGCCCAUCUCAACCAACAGAAGGGAGAAAUCGAGCAGUUCCUUGGCGCCCAGCGAGAUCAGCUGCGGCGGGCGUUGGCGCAGAAGCGGCGAAGGCACUACCGUUCUUUAAUAGGUGCGGCGGCGGAGUCGGCCGCACAGAGGCUACGUGAGAAGGCAGCGGCGGUGGGGCGGUUGACGCGGCGGAUCAUCGAGCUCGAGGACCACCUUGCCCGCCUCCGUACCGAGUCCAUGGCGUGGCAAGCCAAGGCCAUGGCCGACCAGGCGACGGCAGCUUCUCUCGAGGCCCAGCUCCAACAGGCGGCCGCAGCUGCAGCGUCCCGGGCGCAGGGUGGCCCGUGCGGCGAGUCGAUACCGGCCGAGGACGCGGAGUCGGUCUACGUGGACCCGGGCCGAGUCGAGAUGAAGCGGGCGUGCCGCGCGUGUCGGGCGCGACUGGCUUCGGUGGUACUCCUCCCCUGCCGCCACCUCUGCCUCUGCGACGCCUGCCACGGCGGGGAAAGCCCGGCCGAGUCGUGCCCGGUUUGCGGCUGUGUCACAACUGGGAGAAUCCGAGUCUUGCUCGGUUGAGGCGACGAAUCCCAGCCGUCCAAAAUCCCCAUGAACAAAAGAAAAUAAAAAUAGAAAACGUAAAACAUUAAAGAAAAAGAGAGAAGAAAAAGGAAAAAGAAAAGAUGAGGAGAAGUCGGGAUUUUCUAACUCAUCUUAUUCUUUUUCUUUUCAGCUUCAAAUUUUCUACCAAUUUAUCAUAAUUUCAUGGUUUUAUUUCGUGUAACUAUGAAGCCCAUCGGCACCGUUCGUUUCGUCAACUUGGAGAGGAGCGCUUGAUUGCGCUCACGUGGCCGACCCGUUUCCAAAUGGAUAAGCUCAUUUGUAACUAAUUACCGGACCAAAUAUUUUAGAUCAUUUUUUC